AUGUCUACUUCCGAAAAUGCCCCGGCGCCCCCUCCUCAAAGCGAUGUUCCGGAGCUCGACGUCCCUAAGCUCCAUGCGCUCCCCUCCGAACAACAGGACCUCUACAUGCUCACUUUCACGUCCGACCUCGUACAAUAUAUCUCUGGAUUGGAACCAGCCGAGGUCUCCUCCCAACAAAAAGAUCUCAAGAAGGAAUUGUUCAAGAUAUUAGCCCUGCCCUCACCGACUAUCACUCGAGUCCUCCGCAACAACCUAGGACGAUGUUUUGGCGCAAUCCUCAGCAAAGGCGAUCGCGGCAUCCUCUUCGAAACAAUCACAGACUUACUGGGAAUCUUGAACGCUAGUAAGAGUGAAGCGGAAUUGAAGACCAAGUUCGCAGCGGCGCAUUGUCUAGGGGAGGUCUUUGCGACAGUCGGCGAAAGUGCGUUCAUGCAGUCGAAUGUUGCGACUUCGGCCAUGAUCAAGCUCCUAAAGUCUGCUAGCAAUCACACUGGUCUUCGAGGUGUUAUCUUUGCCGUGCUGCGCAAGAUCAUCGUUGGAAUUGGUGUUCCGCUCGAUGAGACCACCGCGCGCGACAUCUGGAAACAGGCCCGAAAUGCUGCUACUAGUGACAAAUCUACCUUCGUUCAAGUGCACGCCUGCCGAUGCUUAGAGCAGUUAAUUGUCAUGGAGCCAUUUUUCGAUAAUACAACCGACUUCGAGAAUCUCAAAACACUCGUGUGGAAGGUUAUCGACAGCCCUGCGGCGCCGGUGCGUCAUGCUGUUGCUGCUGUUCUUGGCCGAGCACUUGUCAAAUUGCAUGCGACAGAAGCGCAUAUAACAGCUACACCAAAGCCAAAGUCCAAGAAGACGAAGCGGAUGUCAAAGAAGCCUACUUCGGGACUGGGCGACGAGGAAGAGGCAGAGAUGUCCGAGUCACCAGCCCCUAAAAAGGCUGAUUCCCGUCUUUAUUUCCUUCUCCCAGACCUCUUAAGACAACUUUCAACUCAAUAUUUGAAGAGCACGACGUCGAAUCGCACACGUGCUGGGAUCUGCAUAUGCUACAAGUAUAUUCUGCGCAAUUUGGGCGAUAAGAUUGUUGAGGAACGCUAUGGGCAAAUCGCGACGAAUUUGCUAGUCGAGUUGUUGAACCAUCCUACGGUUACAUACAACCGAUUUCGUCUUCUCAUGACUAGAAAGUUCAUCAAGAGCAUUUUGGAAGAUACCAUUGGACGUGAAUUACUGCGCGAAAACAGUCAACUCAGUGCGGCCAAGUGGCUAAUAAAUGAUAUUUUGAAAGACUAUCCUCAGGUCAUCCAGGAACGCCGCGAGCCAAGCAAGUACACUUUGACUAGCGCAGUCAGCGCCUUGUCUUCAUUGAUACAGUCACUUGGCUCUGCCUUCACUGUUCAUGGGGAUAGCUGUCGUGAUGCCCUACUUCAAGUUCUUCCGCACCCUAGCUACACCGUGCAGGUUCACACUGCGCACUGUUUGCGCAACUUUGUUCUUGCUUCUCCCCAUCAGCUACUGUCCUGUGUUACGAUCUGCAUGAACAGUCUGAACAGGGAGAUUGGACAGCUAGGUACUCCGCGCCAGUCACCUCGACGAUGUGUUGGAUAUGCAAAUGGGUUGUCUGCAAUGCUCAGCACUUCACGUCUGCAGCCGCUCUACGGUGCAGUAGAUGUGUUUGCGCGUGUUUUCACACAAGCCACCGAUCUCCUCAAGACCAGCAGCACUUCUGAGCUUCGCGUUGCGAGUAUUCAGAUUCAAGUGGCCUGGAUUUUGAUUGGAGGUUUGAUGCCUCUCGGGCCAAGUUUCGUCAAAAUCCACCUCUCUCAAUUGAUGCUUCUCUGGAAGAAUGCAUUGCCAAAGCACCUUGGCAAGGAGAAUGCUGCUCAACCUGGUAAUCUAGAAAUCAGCUUCCUUACCCACGUGCGAGAGUGUGCUUUAGGCUCUUUGUUGGUUUUCAUGGAAUUCAACAGCAAAUUGAUAACGGCAGAUGGUGCCAAGAGGAUUGCUGCAAUGCUGCAGAAUACCGUUGAAUUUUUGGAUGACCUGCCCAAGCCCAAAUCUAUGGAAGACAUCUCGCAACGACUGUAUCCUUCUCUACAAUUGCAGGACUACACAACUAUGGUCCGCCGACGUGUCUUGCAGUGCUUCUCCAAGCUCGUGCAUGUCCACCCACCCAGCCAUGGUGACAUUAUCUCGCAGUCCAGUCUUCUCAGUUUGGCUAUCUCGUCUUUUGCAGAUCCAGAUGCUCAAUACAAACAACUGGAAAGUUCCAUUUCUGGCUCCGCUGGACAAUUUGACGGUCUAUGGGAUUUGUGUGAUAACUACGGCUUUGGCGUGACGGGACUGUCCCGAGAAUAUAUUCGUCUCACCUUGUCUGGGACACAGAAAGAUGAGAAGGGCCCUGCUUGGUCUGCACUUGACUCCGUCGACCAAACCGUUGAUGAUGCUUUGACUUUCCCUAUCUGCGAGGCUAGUGAACACGACGCGGUCCUUCUAUAUAGUCUUCGGGACGGAGACUCCCUUGCUGUUGAUCCACCAACAACUGGUGUUGUCAACUCCGCAAUUGAGCUGUUCUCUGUGGCUCUCGCUCUUCAUUCGCCCAAAAUUCAAGAAAGCAGCGUCGAACAGAUCGCCACGUUCCUCACUUCCCCAGGCUUGCAGAGGAACCCUGGCAGAAAAGCAGCAUUGGUAAUCAAUAUCUCUGUUGCCCUACUGCAUGCCUUAAAGGUUGCCGUCAAAGAAACAGACUUUGUGGCUGGCAAGCUGAACCAAUCGACCGAUAAGAUCUUCCAAGAGCUUCUUCAGAAAUUCGUUACGAACACUGAUCCGAUUGUUCGUACGAUUGGCGUUGAAGCACUGGGACGGCUUUGCGACAGCGCUGGAAAUGCUUGUACCAACACACAGGUAAACUGGCUGGUUGAUACCAUUGUCGAGAACAGAGAACCAAAUGCUAGGGCAGGAUGUGCCGCUGCUUUGGGAUGUAUCCAUGCGCAGAUUGGUGGCAUGGCAGCUGGUCUGCAUCUGAAAACUAUUGUCGGUGUCCUAAUGUCUUUGUGCAAUGAUCCUCACCCCGUCGUCCAUUUCUGGGCUCUUGGGGGAUUGGAACGAGUCGCCAAUUCUGCUGGGCUGACAUUCUCACCAUUUGUCUCCGGCUCCCUGGGUAUGAUUGCACAGCUGUACAAUGCUGACACACACAAUGAAGAAGCAGCCGCAUUGGCCACUUCAAAUAUCGAGAUGUCUUUCUUGACACCUGUAGUGAUCAGCCGAUGUGUGGACUCGCUCAUCAACGUCCUUGGUCCCGACCUGCAGGACAUUGCCAAGACUCGCAAUCUUAUCUUGACUCUGCUCCGCCAGUUCCAGCUAGAGGAGAAUUCUGCACUGGUCACCGAAAGCUCCAGGUGCUUGGACCACUUGUCGCUCUAUGCCUCCAGCUAUGUUGACUUUGCUGGAUAUGUGAAGCGCCUGCAAAGCGAGCUCCGCGCUAAUAACAUCCUUAUGAGGGAUGUAGCCGUCCGCGGACUGAACAACCUGAUGAAGCGAGGCGCUGCCUCUGUGAUACAGACAGUAGGCCAGUCCUUGGAAGAUGAUAUUUGGCUUGCCUAUGAUGAUGCGCCUAACAACACGUCUUUGAAGUCAAUGAUUCAAGACUGGCUGCAACAGACUGCCCUGACUGAAACAGAAGCAUGGAUUCAGCGCUGUCAGAAUAUUAUGACCAAGACACGUCACAAGGUUGAACCUGUACCUAGCACAGCUGUUCAGGCUGCGGCAGAUAUUCCAGAUGACGAGGUUGCUGGCUUUGCGUCUGCUGUUGCUGGUGAAGGGCAAGGUGAUAUCGCCAGUGAAGGUGUUUCUGGUCAAGAAUUGUUAAAGUGGCAGACACGUAACUUCGCCAUGAGCUGCCUCUCUGAGCUUUUGGCUACCGUCCAAGAAGCUAUCCUGCCAGAUUCGGCUAUCCCGGCGGAACUGGCUCUCCAGAAGAAUGUCGGGGACAUUGUCCGGAUGGCCUUCUCGGCAUCGACCGCCAAUGUUAUCGAGCUGCGCGUCUGGGGGUUGAAAAUCAUUGACCAGGUUCUCAAGAUGUUUGGCAAGACCCCCGAUCCUGACUUCGCCGAAGCCUCGCUGUUGGAACAGUAUCAAGCUCAGAUUGGAUCGGCACUUACACCCGCCUUCGCAACUGAUUCAUCUGCAGAACUAGCUUCGGAAGCGAUCAAUGUUUCAGCCACCUUCAUCGCCACUGGGAUCGUCACAAAUGUCGAUCGCAUGGGCAGAAUUUUGAAACUGCUAGUGCUGGGCCUGGAAAACUUCGCAAAAAACCCAGGGACUACUGAAAUUGGAGAUCUCAAAGGCUUGAACUCCAAUGCCCGUGUGAUGGUGAAACUUGCCUUGUUCUCUGCUUGGGCUCGGCUGCAGAUUGCCAGUAUCGAGCAUGAGUAUUUGAACUCGGUGGUUCAACCUUAUCUUGCGAAGCUCACUCCCCUUUGGUUGUCUUCUCUACAGGAAUAUGCUCGUUUGCGAUUUGAGCCUGAUAUUUCUGGUAGUCUGGGAACAAGCACUAGUGGCGACCUGGAUGAGGUUUAUGCUGCUCUCAACCGUGAGACUUUGUUGAACUUCUAUCAAGACACAUGGCUGUACCUGGUUGAUGCAAUUGCUGGCCUUGUUGAAAAGGACAUCGAUUUCGUUUUCGAUGCUUUGGAUGGCAAAUUGCAACAGCCUGAGGAGCCCGAAGAGCCUAGUGGUGAAGAUGACAAAGGGAAAGAGAACAAGGUUGCAAAGAAGCAAGAAGACAAAGGGCAUGAUAUCAAUUACCGCGAAGAGCCAGUUGCAUUCUUUUUCGUCUUGUUCGGAUUAGCCUUUGAAUCACUGGUUGAUCAAGGAACGUCGACAUCCCAGCGUUUGGAGAUUUUGCAGGCUUUGAAGAGAAUCUUGAGGCCUGUCAUAUCUGGAAAUGCGAUCUACCAAGACGCAAUUUUCACCGAGACAAUGGAUACCUUCGACCGUCUAGUUUUGACAGAGACCACUCCAAUCCAAACAGUCAUUGUCGAGAUCGCCCAGAACUUGUCAUUAGAUCACCCUGCGGCAAAGGGUGAUCAGGAACGCAGCGACCACCUUUCUGAUGACAUUGAGCAACUCUUCGAACUCACAAGAAGCAUUAUCUUGGUUCUCGCUGGAAUGCUUCCUAAUCUUCGCGAAUCAACCCCGCUUGCGCGAUUCAAUGUCACUUCAGACGAGUCUCUUACCCUUAUUCGUUUGGCACUGCGUUCUCUCGUCGACGUCGCAUCGGUCUUCCCAUCUAUCAUUCGUAACGAUCUUCACGCAUGCAUCCUGCACAUCUUCACCACCAUCCUGGCCACGGGAAUUUGCCAACAUGGCGUUGUACCCCAAGCUCUUCCAAUCUUCCGGCAGUUCAUCCACACUAUCACAAACACAACAGAAUCGCCUGAGGACCUUGAAGUAGUGUCGUUCCAACUCCGCGGAUGCCUCACGCGCUUCCUGACCAUUCUCACUAUUGCCCAGCGACGAGAAUCGGACAUCUCCAUUCCCUGUGCCAAGAACACUCUUCUCGCCAUAACCUUCCUUCUUACUGCCGGCGGACACGUUAUCCCGCCACAGGAUCCCGUCCUCAUCCGAGUUUUGGACGAGUUCCUUGACUGUCUUCAGGACGUUGGACUCGCUAAUGUGGCAGCCAGUUGCAUCCGCUCCAUCCUUGUUAAGCCAGGUUCUCGUUCCAUCACGGAUGAUGUGAUCAGCCGAUACCUCACCCCGCGGUUGAUCGCUUUCCUUGUGGCCUGUCCAAUGGACAACGGAGAUAUUCCCAAUGACCCCGAGAAUUCACGCACAGUGAUUGCCCGCACAUUAGUCUCGUGCAUUUCCAACACCACUUUCACUGCCUCGGAACUCCCUGCGGCCAUCUCGCUUGUCAUGUCGGCCUUGCUGGCCCGUGCGAAACGUGAAGGCGAGUCUGUGCAUAAGGAGUCCGCUGGUCAUCUCCUGGAACUCGCAAAGGCAGAUCAACUCGUCUUCCGAGCAAUGGUUGCCUCUAUGAACGCAGACCAGAAGGGACUCCUAGAAGAAGUCCUCCGUAGUGUCGGCGUUGGGGCUGUUGUUUCAAAGUCUGAUAUGAAAGCAGAAGACAAUGCCCCGCAGGCUGCCCCUAGUAUCGCAUUACGCAUGGAUUUCUAG